CCAUUAUUGAAAAAACAAAGCAACAAUAAUUGACAAGUCUCUUUCCUUCAUCUUUAUCUCUUAUCAAGAACAUUGAGCCCUGUUCUUCUUCUUCUUCUUCUGACUCUUGGUCUGAUCUCUUACAAGAAAUAUCACACAAAUGGCGUUCGCAGGAACAACACAAAAAUGCAUGGCCUGUGACAAAACCGUUUACCUCGUUGACAAGUUAACCGCAGAUAACCGGGUCUACCACAAAGCCUGUUUCCGCUGUCACCAUUGCAAAGGAACUCUCAAGCUUAGCAAUUACAACUCCUUUGAAGGAGUUCUCUAUUGCAGACCACAUUUUGAUCAGAACUUCAAGAGAACAGGAAGUCUUGAGAAGAGCUUCGAAGGGACACCAAAGAUCGGAAAACCGGAUAGGCCUUUGGAGGGAGAGAGACCUGCUGGUACUAAAGUGUCUAAUAUGUUUGGUGGAACACGAGAAAAAUGCGUUGGCUGUGACAAAACCGUCUAUCCAAUUGAGAAGGUGUCGGUGAAUGGGACAUUGUACCACAAGAGCUGCUUCAAGUGUACACAUGGAGGAUGCACGAUAAGUCCUUCGAAUUACAUAGCUCACGAGGGGAAGCUUUAUUGCAAGCACCAUCAUAUUCAGCUGAUCAAGGAGAAAGGAAAUUUGAGCCAGCUUGAAGGAGGAGAUAAUGCCGCUAAGGACAAAGUGGACGCUGCUUGAAAAAAAAAGAGAUACAGUUCAUUUUGACCCUUGAGAACCAAUAGUCUCACUACCUCUCGAUCUGCAACAUAUAUUGGUUUUCUUUCUUCUUAAACUUGUGUUCUUUCUCGUUGUUUCUUUUGGGAUCUUUGUUGUCUCCUCGGGUGAUCUUGUUCACUCUUCGUUGGGUUUCUUGAGAUGAAACAAAGAAACAUAUAAAUAAUGGAAUAUUUGCUUAUGAGAAUA